AUGACCUCGAUCCCUCCUCAGAAGCAAGGCCUUCAAGGACAGAGCGCUUCCUCUGACACCCCCGCGAACACUUCCUCUUCGUCGCCCACGCCGGCCAACCGGUCGUCCUACGCCAACGCCACCAGAAAGUCCGCGACGGACUCGACCGCCGCGCCCGUCACCGUGGGUGGCUCUUCGCAACAUGGGCAGUCGACCUCAGCAUCUUCUGUGAGCGGCAAACCCAUGCAACAACAAACAAAUACCCCCUCCUCUACCUCCUCCCCCGGCGUCACCAUCGUCAAUGGCGCUCCCGCUUCCCAGCAGCAGCAGCAGGGCGACCACUCUCGCAAACCCUCCGUGACCAUCACCUCCGCCGGUACUUCGGGCUAUAUUCCCAACGGGGGCCCUCCUAGCCGUCCCAACAGCUUGCAGUUCGGUUUUGCAAACCAGCAGACUUCCCCCAUGGGCAAUCCUGCUGUUUUGGCCGGCCAGCCGCAGUCCGGGUUGGGUGUGUCGCCUUCCAUGAACCCCCGCGUUACCUCGCCUCAGACCUCUCCAUCGCCUAUUCCCCAGCCGGCAUCUAGCGGUGGUCGCCCUCCUCCGUCGUCUUACCAGUCGCAGGGAAAUGUUCCGAACUUUGGCAGCUUUGGUGAUGCCGGUGACGCAAACCGCCCGCAAGCACCCCUUGGUCCCGGUCCUCAGGCGACCCAUCUCCGUCGCGAAUCGUCCCAGUCUACGCAUAGCGAUAUGAACAACCAGAUUGGUGGCGCUCCUGCUGGUCCCGGUCGUGGUGGUUAUGGUGGCCGCGGCCGUGGAUACUCGCAGUCGGGCUAUCAGGGUCAGAUGCCCUACUCGCCGGGCCCGAACUUCCGCACGCCCAACCAGCCUCGCGGCGGACCCAACAUGGGCCCACAAUUCCACGGCAACCAAGGCCGUCCGCUUGCUCCGUUCCCCAAUUCGCCACACCAGGCCAGCCGCAGCCCAGCUCUGGCCAACGCUCAUCCCGCGACGACUCCCCAGAUGAACCAGGUUCCCAUGGCUCCUCCUCAGAUGCCUCCUCAGCCGUUCGCCUACGGUCAGCACAUGGCUCCCCAACCUGUGAGGCCCCACCCUCCUGCUUUUUAUUCUUCGUCUUCUCCCAAAGUUCCCCGUUCUGGACCCAUUUCCAGGAGAAGAUCCCAAGGACCCCGUGUUUUUACUUCCUCCCAUGCCCCCCCUGCAAUUCCCUUAGCUAUACCCAAUUUGGCUCCAGAAAGUGGUCAGUUUCAACAGCUUGAAGAGUAUCUAACGCGUGUGAAAAAUCCCCAGGCCUAUCCCCAUGCCUACGAUCCCAACUACGCCUACUACAACCCUGCCGCCUAUGGCAUGGGUCAGAUGCAGUACAUGACUCCUCCGUCGCCACAACCGCGCCCCGGUAUGCCCUUUAACCCCCAGGCUCCGUACAUGCAGAACCAGUACCCGCCGCAACCCCCCACCCAGGCGGCUCCUCUGUCCCGUACGCCAUCGCAGGUGUCCAACAACGACCGUCCCAACUCGAGUCUCGGCCAGCCUCAGCCCCCGGCCGGUCCCCCAGGCGCCGGCCACGCUCACAAUGCCAGCCGCUCGUCCAACAGCCCCGCCCCCAACAAGCCUCAAUUCGUCCUUCCCUCGACAAAGAGGAGCCCCAUCGUCAUCAAGGACCCUGGCAGCGGUGCCGUCAAGACUUUCGACACCAAGGGUCCUGGCUCUCCCGCUCGUGCUACACCUUCGCCCGUGAAGAUGGCCACUCCCACUUCCACCCCUCCUCCUCGUUCCAACAACGGCACCGAGCAUCAGCGAUCGGAUAGCAAGGCGACCAAGACGGACGAAGAGAAGAAGAAGGAGCUGAGAGACGCCGUCCGCCAGAAGAUUGAGCAGGAUGAGGCCGAGCAGCGCCGCAAGGAGGACGAAGAGCGCAAGAAGAAGGACGACGAGGAAGCUGCCCAGAAGAAGGCUGAAGAUGAGGAAGCGGCGAAGAAGAAGGCUGCCGAUGAUGAGGAAGCGGCUCGCAAGGCCAUGGAAGACAUGAGCCUGAAGGACAACAAGGACGAGAAGAAGGAUGAGGCAGCAGCACCCAAGCCGGCUGAAGAGCCCAAGCAGGCCCCUGCACCGCCCGCUGACGACGAUGACAUUGACUACGAUGCCAUCGAACGGGAGAUGGCAGAGAUUGAGGCCAAGGAGGCUGCUGCGGAGGCCGACUACUACGCCAAGAAGCAGCGCGAGAAGGAAGAGAAGGAGCGCAAGGAGAAGGAAGACCUCGAAGCGUAUGAGGCCAACAUGAAGAGCGCCGAACGUGAGGCCGAGUCGCUCGAGGAGGAGCGUGAGAAGAAGCGCGAGGCCGCUGAGGGUAAGGAUGGCCUUUCUUCGCUCAAGAAGGCUGCGACCGAGUCCAGCACUCCCGCCGAGAGUGGUGCCUCGACUCCCGCCUCCGAUGUGUCCAUGGGCCCGCCUGGCAAGCCGGCCAGUGCCGCCAAGAAGCCCGCUGCGCUCAAGCUCGAGACCAGCAAGGCUGUCGAGCCUCCUCAACCCAGCGCGGCUAUGAAGUCUCUGCAGACCGCCCGCUUCGUGGCUGAUCUCAGCAAGAUCUCCUACCCUUCGUCGGUCGCCUCUCCCAACCCGGCUCUGAACGCCAGCGCGCCCACGGAACGCAAGUUCCAUUACAACAAGGAAUUCUUGCUGCAGUUCCAGGCCGUCUUCAAGGAGAAGCCCUCCGUCGACUGGGAUUCUCGUGUGCGCGAGACCGUGGGCGACACUGACUCGUCGCGUCCCCAGUCCGCACGCACGCCUAUGACCAGCCGCACUCCUUCUCGGACGGGAGGUAUGCCUCAGCCGUUCCAGAUGGGAACAUUCGGCGCCCCGAACCGCCACAGCUUGCCUCCGAACACCGACCGCAUUGCCAUUGCCAACGCUGCCCGCACUGCUUCGAUGAACAACCCAUUCGGCCAGUUUGGUCGUCCCACUGGCAUGGGCAUGGGUCCCAUUGGUGGACGCACCGGCUCCUCCGGCAUGCCUGGCUCGCCUCGUGUGGGCUCCAACCGCAACAACACCCGCAACAACAGCAAGCGUGCUGAUAAGCACCAGGCCAAAAAGGAAGAAGAAAUGGCCAAGAGCAUGCCGCUCACCGCCAGCAUGGAUGUCAAGCCCCUGCAGGCCUCCAGCAGCGGCUGGAAGCCUCGUAGUCUUGUACAGCCUGCCAGCGCUCAGGCUACCCCUGCCCACAUGCCUCCGGACAUGGUGCAGCGUAAGGUCAAGGCUGCUCUGAACAAAAUGACCCCCGAGAACUUUGAGCGUAUCGCCGGUCAAAUUCUGGAGAUUGUAUCGCAGUCCAAGAUGGAGAACGACGGCCGUACCCUGCGGCAAGUCAUCCAGCUCACCUUCGAGAAGGCUACCGACGAAGCUCACUGGGCGUCCAUCUACGCCAAGUUCUGCAAGCGUAUGCUUGAGACCAUGAGUCCCGAGAUCCAGGAUGAGAGCAUCCGCGACAAGACCGGUGCCGUCGUCACCGGUGGCAGUCUCUUCCGCAAGUACCUCCUCAACCGUUGCCAGGAGGAAUUCGAGCGUGGCUGGAAGGUCAACCUGCCGCCGAAGCCCGAGGGUCAGACCGAGGAGGUCGCCAUGCUGUCCGACGAGUACUACGCUGCCGCCGCUGCCAAGCGUCGUGGUCUUGGUCUCGUCAAGUUCAUUGGUGAACUGUACAAGCUAGGCAUGUUGACGGAGCGUAUUAUGCACGAGUGUGUUAAGAAGCUGGUCGACUACGAGGGUAUGCCUGACGAGGCUGAGGUCGAGAGUUUGACCAACCUCCUGCGUACCAUUGGUGCUAGCUUGGAUGUUUCCGAGAGGGGACACGCCUUGAUGGAUGUCUACUUCAGUCGCAUCCAGAUGAUGAUGGAGACUGAGGGUCUGCCUAGUCGUAUCCGGUUUAUGCUUAUGGAUGUUAUCGAUCUGCGCAAAUCCAACUGGAUGUCCAAGGAUUCCGACAAGGGUCCCAAGACCAUCCAACAGAUUCGCGAAGAAGCCGCCCGCGCUCAGCAGGCAGCAGAGAUGGAGCGCAUGCGCCAGCAGGCUUCUCGCGGUGGUGGUGGCGGUCGUCCCCAGAUUGGCCGCGGAGAUGCUCGCAACUUCUCGUACGGUCAGCAGGCUCCUCCUCCAGACUAUGCUUCUAGCAAGGUCGGUAGCGACGAUCUUCGUCGCCUGCGCACGGGCCGGACCGCCAACCAGCCCAUGUCGUUCGGACCGUCCAGCAUGCUGGGCUCGCGCAGCAACAGCCGUCGGAACCUAGGACCCGGUGGCAACCUGGUCCGUGGCAGUGAGGACAGCGCGGCCAGCAGCCGUACCGGCACUCCUCCGGCCGGCAAGAAGGAGGACAAGGAGGCUGCUUCUUCGAUGAACGCUUUCAGUGCUCUCGCCAGCUUGGAAGACCGUGACAACUUGGCCACUUCUCCUCCAUCGAACCCUACGUCACCUAUGCUCACCAAGGCUCAACCCACAGCUGGCCAACCGGCAAUCCCCCCGUCCAAGGACGGCGGAGCAUCAUAG